AUGCCUAUGGUCUGGAACGCCGAGGCCGAUGCGAGGCUCUUCGCAGCGGUCAUCGCUACAUCAGAUGUCAAAGUCAACUAUGCGGCUGUUGCAGAGAAAAUGGGCCCAGACUGCACUGCCAAAGCAAUCAUCCAUCGAGUAGGAAAAAUCAAGGAACUGGCUCGCAAGCUUGACGACGAGGACGGAGACAGUACUGCCACAACACCUCUCAAAACAACCCCGAAGCGGCGUGGAAGGCCCUCUGGCAAAGGACUUGCCGUUGCAGCCAAUGACGACGAUGAUGGUGCUGAAGAUAGUCCGACUGCCAAAAAGCGCAAAAUGCCAGCCACUCCAAGAGGGAAAGUCCAAGCUCCGUCUGGAAUCAAGAAAGAACAAAUUGAGGAGAAGCCAGUGUUCAAAGUCAAAAAGGCCGAAGAUAGCGACUAA